AUGGUGUGGAAUGACACUCCCGGAAAUCGUCGCGUGCAGAGCUCGGGCAGCAAGCCCCAGUGUAGCAACCACCUGCCCGGCAUGGCCGAGCUGACGCGAAAGAAGGGGCUGGCGCGCAACCUGGCCAGGCUCGCCCAGGUCAUGCCGGAGCGAUACGACUUCAUGCCGCGCACCCUGCUGCUUCCAGAGCAGCUGCCGGCCCUGCUGGCGGCGCUGGACGAAAACGAGCGGCCGGGGCGCAGCGCCCCGCUUUCCACUUUCAUCCUGAAGCCGGACGCCGGCAGCCAGGGGCGGGGCAUCCUGCUGGCGCAGCGCCGCGCCGACCUGGAGGCCUGGUGCCCCGAGGGCGGCGGCGUGCCCGCCGGGGUGGCCUCACGCUACAUCGAGCGCCCGCUGCUGCUCGGGGACAGCAAGUUUGACCUGCGCCUCUACGUCCUGGUCCUGGGCACCGCACCCCUCGACGUCAGCAUCUUCACAGAGGGCCUGCUGCUGGGCUACGACGUGCUGGUGGACGCCCGGCUCAAGCCCUGGCUGCUGGAGGUGAACGCCUCACCCUCCCUCUGCCUGGACACGGCGGCGGACGCGGAGGUGAAGCGGCCCCUGGUGGCGGCUGCGCUGGCCGCCGCAGCGCGCGCUGCCGGGCUGCUGGGGGUGGAGGGGGAGGAUGCAGGGCGGCGAGGGAGCGCGGCGGGCGAGACCACGCGGCUCCGGGACCCGCGGCAGGAGCACGCGGGGCAGGAUGGCGGGCCGCGCUUCGAGCGCAUCCUGCCCACACCAGACGAUGGAGGCAGUGCGGGCUACGGGGCGGUGCUGGCGGCCAGCGCCGCGUCCUUCCUGUCCGGCACGGCGCAGGGGCGGCUGGAGCGCAGCCUGGCCGGGAUGCAGGCGCGGCGCCAGGCGGCGGAGCGGGAGCGGGAGGCCCGCGCCUCCGCCCAGGCGCGCAAGGUCGCGGCGCUGAAGGCGUGGAUUGCGCGGGAGUGCGCGCGGCAGAGGGAGGCCAGGGUGCCGGGGGGCGGGGAUGGCGGCGAUCAUCGGUCUGGCGUCAAGGGACGCUGCAAAGUCUUUGAUGCCACCGGCGAGGUCGAUCAGAAUUUGCCAAUUGGCGAAAAUGAAUUCGUGUGCCGCAGGGAGUACCUGUCUGCCAGACAGCUCCUCAUCCCUCUGGAUGCCGAGAAGGCAGGGAAGCUGGACCAGCGUCCUGUGCAGGUGCUGACUGAUGCUCAGCCAGUUGAGACAACGGUCCAUGCCACCAAGAAGAGGCGUGGGAAUGAGGUGUCCAACGCCGGCUCCAAGGCCGGCAGCGAGCGGAGCCCAACCGCGUCCUCCGAACAGGCGAGCCACCGGUCGUCCGAGGACGUGCCCACCCCCACCCAGCAGCCCACGCCCUCAGCUUCGGUCCUGAGCGACCUGGGCACCGGCGACAGCGGGACGCCGCGCUCCCGCCCCGGCGCCCCCGCCGGCGAGCGCGACACCGGGCGCUGGUCGCGGCGGCGCUACGAGGCCGCGCUGGCCGCGCUGACGGGCGUGCUGCAGCGCCUGGGCGCGCUGACUCCCGUGGCCGCGGUGCUGCGCCCGGUACUGCGCGACGCGGCGCGCCGUGUCAUCGGCGACACGGGCCUGCUGGACCACCUGCUCAAGCACCAGGCGGACCGGGUGGUGGGGCCAAGGGCGCAGCGCCUGCGCCGCCGGCACAACCACGAGGGGCACAUGGAGUACUGGCUGCAGUCGCCCGAGGCCGCCACGGCCGAGGACGCGCUGCUGCGCAAGGAGGUCACCGCGCUGACCAGCGAACUGCGCGACGUCAAGGAGGUGCGCCACGCUCUGCACGCUGUGCGCGCCGAGGCGGCCCAGGUGCUGCACGAGGUGUCCACCGGCAGCGCGCUGGAGGAAGGCACGGGACAGGCUGCGGGUGGAGGUGGCGGCAACGGCGGCGGAGGAAGAGGGGUGCAGGGCGAGAGCGUCGGCAACCACAGCGGGAAGGGCUCGCGGGUGGUUGGCGCAGAUAUAGGGGUGAUGCAACGCCAGUUUGCCGAGAUCAGCAAGCGCAUCGCUAGUACGGACAGCGUCCUUGAGAGGGUUUUAAAGGCAGCCCAGGACGAACAGGACCAGCGGGCAUCCAUGACGCAGCUUUUCUCUUCGCAUAUGAAAGGAACGCUGGACAUGAUGGAAGACCAUGCAGAAAGACAACUGGAGCUGGAGAACCAGGUGGCUCAGCUGAGGGAGGAGGGUGCUGGGCGACUGGAGGCACUUUCCGCCGCGGCCCAGGACAAUGCUGGGCUCAGGUAUGCUGCUAUUCACGGGGCUGCUGCCAACCAGGCAGCGAGUGGCUCCAGGGCAAGGGAUGCUUCACCCCAUCCCGACUACAACACAUCGUCAGUCAAGCAGCCUCGCGUCCUGCGCCUGCAGCCUCAACAGGGUCUGAUGCCAGAGGAGCAGAAGGCUGGGCCAUCUCUGCCGGCCCUGGGUCACCCCAACAAAAUCAAAGACCUGUCCCAGCUGACGCAUGAGGCCCUGAACGUCUGGAACACCCUGAAGUUCCAGCCAGACACCACGCCCAUCAUCGUCGGGCACGCCUCGCGCCAAACCGGUCCAGGGGCGCCUGGCAAUACCGACGGGGCCUCCGAGGAGGAGCUGGCGCAGCUGACGCCGGAGGCCCGCCCCUGA